AAUCUCACUCCAGCGGGCGAAUCGGUGAGUCGGGUUCCACUGAAUGCAUCAGAUAGAGACUUAGCGGAGGGCCUGCCACUUAUUCGAGACAUCCUCAAUCAGACCGAUAACUCUUCAGCUUCCUCCUCCGUUUCCUCCAAACUCUCUCAUCCACCUGCAGCUGCCGCACUACCUCAACCUCCGCUCUCCGCAACUGCAGAUGGAAUGCGAAUGCUGAAUGGUGGAGGAAUGGGAAUAGACAUGCUUGAUCAAAAUUUGGACAUAAAACCAUCUCCCUCAACUUUUCAGACAAAUACCAACGGCCCUCCGAAACUCACCACAUCCGCGUCUUCGAGAUUCCAACCCGCGAGUUCAGUAGUAUCCGGGGCAUCGUCCACUGGGUCAACUUCAAAGCGCCGAUCACUGAAACGUCCUGCCCAGUCUUCUAGUAAUACUAAUAGUAAUAACAGUAACAAUUGUGUCACUGCUGCCAAGAGCAUUCAAGAUGGUGUCACUGUUACAACAACAAUGGCCCAAACCGUCCCCUUAAAUCUCCCUUCUUCGACUACUUCUUCUGCUCUCCCUGAUGCUAAUGUCUUCCUCAGUAUGAAUUCUGCCAAACAAGUAGCUGACCACCAGCAAUUUCCAACACACUUUACAACACAGCCAGCAACAGCUCUAAUUGGUUGUAAUCAUCACCACGGUGGAAUGCGACCUCUCUAUGCUCCCCAACCUAUUGGUCCACAUACUGUACAGCCUCCUCCUCCACCAGCACCCCUUUCAGGUAAGUCUACACCACGACAACCGGCGAAAAAGAGACUGGAGGCACGAACUCCCACUAUUGAGGAACUUGGUGUACCUUCUGCUUUCAAGGCUCUUCACGACACGCCAUUCACUCCUGUCUUGGGUCGAAGUGCCAACAGUGCUAGUGGAAGUUUACGGGAUGUUUCUGCCCCCACCUCAACAGCCGCUGUCUCGAGUGUAUCGGGUGGUGGAAGUGGUGAAGUAAAGACCAAGCCAGAGGAAGACGAGGACGAAGAGAUGAACGCGAUUUUUGCGGGUCCUGUGGCGCGACGACAUCACUCAACUAUCAACCAACCACCCAUUGGUAAUCUGGUCUUUGCAGACUACAAAAUCCUCCAUGAGAGGCUUCAACAGCAUGUUGCUAACGGUGGACUGGCUGCGUUGGAAUCGCCCAAUGCUCUCUUCUUUAGAACAACUCCCUAUGGGAAGCGAUGUGCAUCGGCAUGUGCACUGCCAAGCCUAAGUCCAAGUAUCGGUGUUGGUGGUGGUGGUGUCGGUGGUUUUGCAGACGAUUUACGUCAGAUGCCCUCGCUCCUCCCCGCAUCUCCUCCUUCCCACACUGGGAUCGCAGGCGAUUCAGAAGGGGGCUCUACUCACCAGAUCCCUCCACCCCCUCGACUCACACCCGGCUUCGGAGUGGGAUUUGGCGGGGGUCGUCGGUCCAAGCCACCACUCUCCACUACACCUGGUCCACCGGGGCUCUUUGAUAGGGAUACGCCCGGUAAUCUGAGAAACCUGGCCUCAAAAAUACGUGAUUCUCCUAUCUUUUCUACAAACCCUGAGAUUCUCGAAGUCCUAGUUACCCUUGCACAAGAGUAUGGCGUGCAAUCUAAUCGUGCGGGUAGUAGUUGUAGCCGUCCUGCAAGCCAGCAUUAUCUACGACGCAAUCUUUUCUUAGGCAAUGAUUCUCCAAGUCCAGCGGGUCUUCCGCUAAAUAUGUUGAGUACUCCAGUUUCUGACAGUGCUGGUGGGACUGACCUCAUUGCUCCAAACAACAACUCAACCUCAACCACCAAUCCUGCCAAUCAAAAUCAGCAGCAACUUCUUUUUGAUCAUAAUUCACCACAAGCGCCGCCACCUCAAUCUGACUACAACCAGUGA